AUGAUAUUAAAGAGUCUAUGGGCAAGUUUGCUCAAGACAGUCAGUAAAUACAACUCUCAGUAUCACAAACUCUUCCAGACUGUUCCCAAAGAGGAGAUCCUCAUGAAAGUUUACUCUUGUGCCUUACUGCGGGACAUCCUCCUUCAGGGACGCCUGUACAUCUCCAGACACUGGCUGUGUUUUUAUGCAAAUCUGUUUGGAAAAGACAUCAAGGUGUGUAUCCCUGUGGUGUCUGUUCGUUUGGUAAAGAAACACAAAACUGCAGGACUGGUUCCCAAUGGCCUCGCCAUCACCAUAGAUACGGGUCAGAAGUACGUGUUUGUGUCGCUGCUCUCCAGAGACAGUGUGUACGACGUGCUCAGGAGGAUCUGCACACACCUCCAGGUGAAUGGAAAAAGUCUGAGUCUGAAGCAGUAUCUGGAGGAGCCCAGUUCACUGUCAAUGGAUGAGUUUCCGGAGGUGCUCAAGUGGAGGAGGGAACCGUCUCUGUCCAACGUGUCGUCUUCACUGCCCGAUCUUUUGGGAAACUCUGCUCCAGGACUAAACCCCGCCCCCACCGUCUUCAGCACGCACACACUCACCGACAGCAGCCUGGAGCCAGAGAAAAUCCUCCUGACUGAACCAGUGCCUGAACUGGGCUACACCGAGUAUCAGCUCCUCAAGCUCUUCGUCCUGCUAGUGCUGGUGCUGGUGUUGUCCUCCUGUUACUUGGCCUUCAGAGUGUGUCGUCUGGAGCAGCAGCUCAGCUUCCUCAGCAGCCAGCCCCCGCUCCGAGAGAGGUGCGGGGAGGUGCCGUGCUGGUUGGCCAAUCACAAAACAGGAACCUGACCAAGAAACCAGUGAGAGAGUUACUGACCUGACUUCUUCUACACUUCUGUUGGAGAGCAGAGUUGGCACAUAUUUGGAGUAGAUGACGUCACUGUUAAAGUAGAGCCACUGGCUCCGCCCACUCCCGGGGUGUAAAAAAUAUUUUGAUGGAAAAAUAGUUAGUUUUAGAUUUUUAUAGACGGUUACUAACACAUUUAUGGCUGGAUUUUGGUCUUAUUUUGAAAUAGAAAUGGUGAUGUGUUUUAAGGCAUUAUAAUUUAUUAGACCUUUAUAAAAAAAAAAAAAAAACAGCUCAAAAUCCAGAUGCUUUUUAAAUAUGGAAUGUCAUGUAACUGUCAUUUAUAUGAACAUUUUGCAGUGACUAAACACAACUCUUAGACCUUCAGGAAUUUCAAAAUGACAUUUAAAUUUUGAAUGCAAAUUUAAAUAAUAAUGUCAUGGACAGAGAGGUAUUAUUUUUAGCAUAAAAUGCUGUGUAAAUGAGUGGCCGUGUAAAUAUAGAAUUAUUUGAAAAUGAAGUGUUGCUAAGAUUUAUAUUUAUUUGUUUUUACAGUUUUUAAAGGGUGUAAAAGUUACAUGAAUCAAGCGAAACAGGACAUCUUCCCAGGCAUUUCAAAUAGAAUGUAUUUGGAGUACAGUUUGGAGAAGGGAAAUGCUUCUCCGUGAGAGGCAUACAGGAGUACACAAAAUACAGUUUAGGGACCUAUUAGCUAAACUAUAAUGGAGUUAGACGACUUUAGAUGGUUCAUAACCAUCCAGUCCAUUUCACAAUCUGCUCAGCUUUGGGCGCCCCCUACUGGACACAGGGCCCAUCUGCUUGGUUACAACUGUUGAACUUUAAUCUACUGUGGGGCUGUCAAAAGUAUCAAAAGUCAAUCGAUACUAAAAUUAAUAUCAAAACUAGAUACUCAUUUGAGCAGGUAUCAAUAUUAAAAUUGAGCUGGAUCAGAACAAGUAGAAGAGCACAUAGACUAGGGAACACACAUGUACCAGUGAGGAUUACACACAUGGAAAACACAUGGGAAUAUGAAAGAAAAAACACCAUUUAAUGUUGAAAAUCAAACUCUGUUCUAAUGAUCAUCAUCAGUAUUGAGUAUUGGGUCUAUUCCUUAGUGUUGAAAUCAAGUUUGAAAUUGUACUAUCAUAACAACACCAAUCUAUGGCCUUUAUAAUUGUGAAAAUGUGAAAAUACAUAAGAAAGCAGAGGGGAUGUAGCAGAAGUCAGAUAGUGUUAGUCACGCUUCUGUCUGCUGCUCCAGUCCCUUUUACAGAAGCACAUUUACAUAGUCCUGCCCCUUUAAACUUUCUUUAUUUGUAUAUUUAAGUGCCAAACGUGAGAUGGUUUCAUGAAGUGAAUGUUGUAAAGAGAAUCCGUUUGCCCGGGUUCUUGCUGUAGUGAAGUCUUGAGUGAAAUAAGAUAAGGGUGUAUUUAAUGUGGGAAAGUUGGAGUCAUGUUUUUGGAUGUUCCUGUGAAAAAUGUGAAGAGGAGGUUGUAUUGUAAAUGUACUGUAAACUGUAACAUAAAGCGCUCACUCUAA